UGGUGGUAUGGAUGUUGUAGUUCAGGUGUUUAUCAGUCUUAUGGCCUGUUGUUGUUGUUGUUGUUGUUGUUGUUGUUGUUGUUGUCCUUAACCCGGCCCACGUACUUCAUCAUGAUGGCGGUGCUGACGCUGUACACGUCGUACCGGGAGAAGAACAUCUUCCUGGUGGCUCAUCAGAAAGACCCGGCUGGCAUGGACCCGGAUCACAGCUGGACGCUCUGCUCCUCCCUCAAACGGUUUGACGACCAGUACUCGCUCAGAGUUUCUUUCACUGACGGGAAAACCAAGAAGACUCGCGACGCCGAGUUCACCGAGUCCGUGUCUGCGUUUUUCGACGAAGAAGGGACGCUCGACAUGGACCCGUUCGAGAAAAGUGUUUCCAAGCUUCACGACGCGCUGGGCGCCGACAAGAAGAGCAAGUAAUACUUCAGAUAAUACUCCAACAAGUACUCCGUGGUUUCUGAGGCUUCAGGAGAUCUUCGGUGUUUCGUCCCGAGUUUAAACGUUUUUUUUCAAACAGGAAACACUUAUUUUUCGGCUAUUAAGACUAAAUAUUCGUGUUGCGUUCAAAGACGUCCUCUGCAGUUUGUGAGGGACAUUUCUGUGACGCUUGAUUGUCAAUGAUUUAACAAAACAAAGUGCAGUUUGCAGCCUGAGAUCAUCAGCAACUGGUCGUCAGUAUUUCAUCCCAUAAUAACAUUUCAGCUCCACACUUCCUGUUUACAAGACCAAAAGAAAACAACAACAAAAGAGCAGUCGGAGGAGAGUCUGAAUAAGACAACAGGAAGUGGUGCGAAUGUCGACCAAAAUGAAACUUUGAAUGUUUUUUUGUAUUAUUUCCUAUUUCUCUGUAACGUCUGAAACAAGCGUGUGAACUCAUUAAAGAUGGAGAAUGUUACCGACA